AUGGCAUCCCACUGCGCUGCGUCAGCCAGGCUAGCCCUGCCGACUGUUUUUCGCAACCUAUUCCGCCCCGAAGCUCCUCGCAAUCUACGCCCCUCCCGGGGUGUACGCUCCCAAGCGCUCUACCAACCCAGAUUGCUCAGCUCGACCACCUUGUUCCGCCAAGUCCAGGAACAAUCGCUACCUACAAUCCCCAGCACUCAUGAGAAUACCAUUGCCGAGGCUCCGAAGCCAUCCGGAUCUAAUGCAGAAUCGAGCGCACCCUCUGAAAAGUCACCCACGGACUCAGGGAAGUCAUCCAAGCAGAAUCCCGAUUCCAAAAAGAAGAACAAAGAUCGCAAAGAUCGGAAACCCUCCAAGUUUGCCGACAAGGACAAAAAAUCCGAUAUUGCGAAGCAAGACGGCACAAAGAAAAAGAAGCUUGAGCCCUGGAAGAUUCAGAAACAGGCUCUUGACAAGAAGUUUCCAAACGGUUGGAACCCUCCCAAGAAGCUUUCACCCGACGCCCUUGAUGGAAUUCGAAAUCUACACGCAAGCGCACCUGAUCGAUUCACUACCGCGGUUUUGGCAGAAGAGUUCAAGAUCUCGCCGGAAUCGAUUCGCCGCAUCUUGAAAAGCAAGUGGAAGCCAAAAGCUGAGGAGAUCGAAAGUCGGCGCACACGGUGGGAGGCUCGACAUGAGCGGAUUUGGGGUCACAUGGCUGAGUUGGGUCUCCGGCCAAUGACCAAAAGCGCUCUGUCCAAAUCCGAUUCCAAACUACUCUAUAAGAAGGAUAAGGAGGACCUGGAGGAUAAGGGAGAAUAA